AUGAAAGAAAUUAGAGCUUUUAGUGCGCCUGGUAAAGCGUUACUAGCCGGUGGUUAUCUGGUGUUGGAUCCAAAAUAUGAAUCAUUUGUGGUAGCACUGUCUGCACGUAUGCAUGCGGUUGUGUCAUCAUCACAAAUUCCAACUAAUAAUAGAGAGUUAAUUGUACAAGUUAAAAGCUCUCAAUUUAACAAUAACGAAUGGAAUUAUUCGGUGUCAAAAGGUCAAGGUUUUAUCCCAAAGGAAAAAGAUGGGAAAUCAAAUCCAUUUAUUGAAUAUACUAUUUCUAACGUUUGUAGCUAUUUUUUUGAUAUUGAAUCUUUCGAUAACCAUAUCACAAUUGAAAUAUAUUCUGAUGCUGAGUACCACUCUACGGAAAACUCAACCAUUAUGAGUAACAAAUACAAAUCCUUUCAUUUCCAUAAGAAAAAUAUUCAAGAUGUUCCUAAAACUGGAUUAGGAUCCUCUGCAGGAUUGGUCACAGUAUUAACAACUGCCUUAAGUUCUGUAUUUUUAAAGAAUUUAGAUGUUUCAGAUUCAAAAUACCAACAUAUAAUUCAUAGUUUAGCACAAAUUUCACAUUGUCAAGCUCAAGGAAAAAUAGGAAGUGGAUUUGAUGUUGCUGCUGCAACCUAUGGUUCAAUAAUCUAUAGAAGAUUUCCCCCAGAAAUAAUUUCUCAAUUACCUCAGCUAUCUGUGGAUAAUGUUGAAAAGUAUCACGUCACCUUAAAAGAUACGGUUGAUAAGUGCGAUUGGAAAAUGACAGCUUCCCCAACUAAUCUACCUAAAGGAUUUAAGCUCAUCAUGGGUGAUGUUAAUACUGGCUCGGAAACAGUUAAACUGGUUCAAAAGGUCAAUAAAUGGUAUGCUGAUAAUGAACCACAAAGUUUAGAUAUAUUCAAUUGUAUUAACGAGAACAAUAUGAAAAUCAUUCAACUUUGCCAGAAAUUGGAUCUUCUGAGUAAGGCAGAUCCAUUAUAUUAUUCACAUCUACUAGAAAGUCUACAUAAUGGUUCUACUGAUGACUUCAAAGAAUUGAAAGAAUUUAAGGUUGCGUUCUCGACAAUUAGGAAAACUUUCCGUUUGAUUACUAAAGAAUCAGGUGCAGAUAUUGAGCCUGCCAUUCAAACACAAUUGUUGGAUAAUUGCAUGCAGAUAGAUGGUGUUUUGACCGGAGUUGUUCCUGGAGCAGGUGGUUUUGAUGCUAUCUCAUUAAUUGCAGCUGAAACUACGGAUAUAGAGUCAGCAACUGUUGGUUUGGAAACUUUUGCAAAUGUUUCAUGGAUGAAACUAAAACAGGCAGAAUGUGGAAUAAUGGAGGAGAAUCCGCAACACUAUUUAGAUUUGCAUGUUACUAAUUAA